AUGGAGCCCCCAUCGAUUGUUAGUACUAACCAGAGCAAAACCAGAGGAAGACUGGUUGAUGAAUUUUCUCGUACAUCAGUUCCUUCAAUCUGGGCUAUAGGAGAUGUUAGUCCUAGACUGAACCCGACUCCAGUUGCUUUGAUGGAGGGAGGGGCAUUAGCCAAAACACUUUUUCUGAAUGACCCAACAAAACUUGAUUACAGAUUUUUCUCCUUUCUUGUUGUGAUGGUUAUGUACCAACACGAAAUUCUGGAGUAUUUUAGUUUACCUGCACGAACAAGGAAUUCCAAGAAAAGGGUGAUGAUAACAAUAUCAGAGUAUUCUUGCACAACCCCAUUGUUAGAAGCUUUAGCAGGAGCGGACUACCGAGAUGCAGUUACAUCUUUCCUACAGUUUAAUAGUUGCAUUGCACCUGUGGUAUUAAGCAAUGGUCAUCGGAUGAGACAGCCUGAAAAGGUUGGAGAAAAGGCAAUCAAAUCAUCAUUAACCAAUGGUGAGAAACAAACGUUUCAAUGGCUGAAAGCUACUGAUCUUAACUAUCCUUUAUAG